GUAGAGGAAGAAAGCCCGACUGUGUCUCUACAUUCUGCGGCUUUUUCGGUCCAGUCUCGGUCGGGGGAAGGACCGAGACCUUUCGUUCAGGAGGUGGAGUUCACCGUGCUUCAACUCCGGGUGACCAGGCGUCUGCUGCAAUGUUAACACAGAGCUGAAACGACACACCUGCUGCCUCUGAUACAUGACAGCACACACCAGCCAUGGAGUUCAACAAAUUGGUCACAUUGUGGAUAUUUUGCUUGUGUCUCGUUGGAGAAAGUUGGACUGAAAAGCCAAGUUCACCUACACCAGACAGUCAGAUUGUUGAAAAUGGGGUGUCAGAUUUGUGUCGCAUUGAUGAGCCACUAUGCAAGGAUGAGACUGUGAUUCUCAGCUAUGAGGCCAUCCGUAGCAUCCACAAGCAGAUGGAUGAUGACGCAAACGGCAAUGUAGACGUGGUAGAGACAGACGGCUUCCUGAGAGAAGAUCUUAACUACCUUGAUCCGAAGGCCAAGCAUAACAGCUUUCACGGGGAUGACCAGUUCAUCAGCGUGGAGGACUUGUGGAAUGCAUGGAAGGGCUCUGAAGUGUAUAAUUGGACAGUGGAUGAGGUUGUGGAAUGGCUCAUCACCUAUGUGGAACUGCCACAAUAUGUGGAUGCCUUUCGCAAGAUGAAUUUUAAUGGAAGUGCUAUGCCAAGGCUUGCCGUAAAGAACACCACUCUGACACUCUCGAUUCUGAAGAUUUUGGAUCGCAGCCAUGUGCAAAAGUUGCAGCUCAAAUCUUUGGACACUGUACUGUUUGGAGCGCCCCUAAUGAACAGACAUAACCACUUGAAGGACUUCAUGCUGGUCGUGUCAAUAGUCAUAGGCAUGGGUGGCUGCUGGUUUGCCUACAUCCAGAACCGCUACUCCAAGGACCACAUGAAGAAGAUGAUGAAAGACCUGGAGGGCCUGCAGAGAGCUGAACAGAGUCUGCAUGACCUGCAACAGAAGCUGCAGAUUGCCCAGGAGGAGCACCGUACGGUGGAAGUGGAGAAGGUGAACCUGGAGCAGAAGCUGAGAGAUGAGAUCAGUGCAGCCAAGCAGGAGGCCCAGCGUCUGAGAGAGCUGCGUGAGGGCACAGAGAAUGAGCUGAGUCGCCAGAAGUAUGCUGAAGAGGAGCUAGAUCAGGUGCGUAUGGCGUUGAAGAAGGCAGAGAAGGAGUUGGAGUCACGGAGCAGCUGGUCACCACCAGAGUCUCUCCAGAAGUGGCUGCAGCUCACCCAUGAGGUGGAAGUGCAGUACUACAACAUCAAGAAGCAAAAUGCUGAACGGCAGCUCCUGGUGGCAAAAGAAGGGGCGGAAAAGAUAAAGAAAAAGAGAAACACUCUCUUUGGGACUUUCCAUGUGGCUCACAGCUCCUCUCUGGAUGAUGUGGACCACAAAAUACUGGCAGCAAAACAAGCCCUGGGUGAGGUGACGGCUGCUCUGCGGGAGAGGCUUCAUCGCUGGCAGCAGAUAGAGAUCCUCACAGGUUUUACCAUCGUCAACAACCCCGGCCUUCCCUCUCUGGCCUCAUCCCUCAACCUUGACCCCAGCUUCAUGGGCGGCAGAGCUACGCCUCAGCACUUCAUCAUGUCCGAUGACAUGGACGACUUGGAUGAGGAUAUCGUGCCUGGAACUCUGCAAUCUCCGAGUAUGAUGUCCCUGCGCCAACGCCACAUUGACCCCCAGCUGGCCAUGGGUUCCCAGAGGUUGGUAGAGAGUUGCCUGUCGGCGGGGCAGCAGGGGGAGGGGACACCAUACCCAUCCAGGUCUAGGGCCACCUUCAGACAGUCCCGCAGCCAGUCAUUUGGGCAGCUCGAUUGUCUUCCUCUGUCUCCUCUGUCCUCGGCUGUGUCUCACCCCUCCGUCAUCUGUACCUCCAACCCGUACCCACCUUCCCAGUCCUCCUUGUCCUCCUCUUCUUCCUGCUUACCUAGCUCUGUGGGUGGUGUCGCUGCCCCCUAUUCCUCCCAUAAAUAUCAUGCUUCUUUCCAGCCCUUGGACCCCAUUCCUGAUUUCACCUUCUCAGAUGUCUCCAAAGCAGACAGCUCUUGCGGCGGCAGCUUCGGGGACCUAAAUCGUUCUGACUCCGACUCCUCCCUGUCCCUGUCCCAAGUUGGUGAUCGGCUAUCUGCCUACAGUUCCAAAGGCCACCUAAUCAAGCCCACCUCUCUCAUGCAUGGCCUGUCAGGCCGCACAGAUGACGCCGUCUCUCUGCAUGGUCACACCCCCAACGGAGGGAACCGCAUUCAUGAGGUCAGUCCUGCAGAGCCUGUUUGUGACAGCCCAAUACUCAUGAAGAAGGUGUACGGUGUGGAGCAGUCUCCCAGCCUGGGAGAGAUCAACAGUCUGUCAGAGUCAUCCCGCUCCCUCAGCCCCAACUCCACUGAACCUGACACACCGUCACCUACAGGAGGGCAACCAGGGGCAGUGGGGGCGAAGGCCAACAGCCGCAUCCCGCAGUUGUCCUCCAAGAAGAGUCCAUUGGAGGAGGACAGCGGCUCUACAGGAGAAGACACGGAUUCCACUGCCAGCCGCAAGAAACACACCUUCAAGAUCUUCAAGAAACAGAGGAAAUAAGGGCUACAUGAACUCCAGGCUGUCAAAGCUGUUUGACUGUAUUCCUCUGGUCUGUUUUUGGAAAAAAAAAGGGUUUUGUGGGUUCUUUGAUGGUCAAAUGAUGGCACAAUUUGUUGCCGUUGCAUCUUUUUGUAGGUACGAAACCUACUCUAAGAAACUGUGGGAGCAACCAGCUGUUCAGUUUUCUGUUUCUUUAGUCAGUGUUGUGGAGAAUGGGUAGGUUUGUAUAUUGGAAUGUAAAGUAUUAUUUAUUCUGCAGGAAGUUGUGCCAGUCUCAAAGGGAAAUGUGUCUCCCAGUUGGUUUUUCUUUCUUGUUCUACAAUCUAUAACAUUUUGCAUGUCUUCACUUUUGUUUGACUGAUACUCGAAUGCUCUUAGUGUUUGCUUGGUUCUCGUCGUUAACCUGCUUAGACAACACUUGAUGUUUCUUUUUAUGACUACCUAACCACCUAGCCUACAAAUCCAAAGUGAAUGUGCACUCUCUUCUUUUUUUUCACUGAAUACUUUUACGUUUUUACUUUUACGUUGUUGUCCUCUUCUUGGCAGAGCAAAUGAUGCAUUCAGGAGAUCCUCAAACAUCCUUAAAGAAUAGGCGUAGAAAGCGCAGACUAGAUAUUAGUGACUCAAAUUUCACUUUUGGCUGUCAAAAAAUACAUUAAGUGCUUUCUGAGCGCAGCAAUAGGAGCUACUUCCAGUUAUUCCCAAUUAGUACAAAAACAAUAGAUUAGAAAUGCUUGCACCCUUGGAUUUGGACAAGAGAUAAAUGUCCCUAUAAGAAGUGACAAAAAGACCAUCAAAUUGCAACAUUAGAUCUUUUGCUUUAUUUUUAGUAUUUAGGUGUUGAGUGCAUGUGAGCAUGGGCGAGUGAGAGAGAAUGGCUUUGCUUUAGUGGCCAGCUUUUAAACAAUGCCAAUGAGUUUAACCACUGAUUAUUAUUUAGAAAUACCAGAUAUCUUUACUGGAGCAGGAAGGGAUCAACAUGUUUGAAUUUCCUGACUUAAAAGUCCAGCUUGGAUUAUCACUAGGGAGAAGUGUUACCAAAACAUAGUUACCAGUCAGACUGUGUGACAGUGACAACAUAUUUAUCAAAUAUGUUAACACAAAACACUUGGAGCACAUUUUUAUUCCACUAUUGGCGGGGAUCCGAAAGUCAUGAGAUUCCUGGGAAAGUUAUGAGAUUAGAAAAACAGUUUUUUUCAGUCUUGGAAAUGGUUUGGAAUUAUCAGCAUAUUUUGGAAAAGUUUUGAAAAUAUUUUGUUUUGGCUGUUGUUUAUAAUGUGGUCAUAGAAGUACCAAAACGCAUCUAAUGAUAAGUGAAAUAUGUUCCUAGUAUUACUCAUUUAAAAUCUUCUACUGCAGCAUGACUGUUGAUAUGUAACUAGUAUCACAUGACACACAGCAGACCAGCAUUGUGUUAUUGCCAAGGCUGCUUAACCUUUUUGGGAAAAGAAACACACUGUCACAUGCUGAAAAGCUGUAGUUCAUCAAGGCUUUCAAAGUGAGAUUUGAAACACACAAGAAACUUGAAUAUUCACUGCUAGUCUAGAUCAGUUGGCUAUUUAUAGAGAACACUUAAGCUAACGACAUGUGGUGAAUCAAACAUACAUAUUGGAUUUAUACACAUCCUGAUGAGCAAUAUUAAGUGAUCAUUGUGUCAUUAAUCCACUGGGAUGGGGGAAGACUGAGGGGUCAUGGUAGCGAUCAAGCUUAAUUUAGUAAGGCGUUGCAUACGUGCAGGUUCAGGCAAGGUAGCUAAACAACUAUCAGACAUGUCUAUAACUCGAAUGCUUCUGUAACAAGAAACGAAUGCAUACAAACUUGUCAGAUCUAUAAUCCAAAUAUGUAAAAUUGCAGUGAUAUUUAUCUGUAUGGUCUUUGGUUUUCUAUUUCCUAAACAGGGGUGCAGCCUUCACAUAUAGCAUGUCCAGCUAGCAGGUGGCAUGUAGGGCUGCCCCUUCGAAGUCAGAAACUCAGAUUAUCAGUCAGAGACAGGUUUUUGGGGUUUUUUUUCACUCAUCAGUGUGCUGUGCAGUGUACUUCUGGGGUGGUUUUGGUCCCCAGAUUUUGCUGGGCAGUGAGUGCUCUUGACUUUCACACCACUCUUUGCGAAAAGCAGUCGCAGACAUGCAGGCAGCAGCAUGGGGAAAGGAAGAGGCUUCAUCGUAAGGUAAAGAAGUAUUGAAUUUACAGCUCACAAGUUAAGACAUACAGUCUCUGGCUUUUGUUUAAUAUCUAGUAUUGCCAAAAAAUGUUGCACAGUAAUUGUUGGUGCCAUUAGCUUGUUAGCUAUAUUACAUGAAUGCCGCUGUCACACUGAACUUCCCGCUCAAACUUAAAAACUGUUUAUGGCAACAACAUAAAAAUAAUUGUGUUGUUAAGCUGCGGAAAUUCUUCAAUUGGCAUAAUUCUGAGUCGGGUACAGACCUAGAAGCAGGAGUGAGUAAAAUGUGUGAAAAUCCCUGUGAAUUGCGUGUGUUAUAAUGUAUGGCUAUAGCACCAUAUUAGAAUCUUGAACUUCUUAAACAAGGUCAUGGAAAUGGGGUAAAAUAUUGUGGAACAUUAAGAAAAAACGUUAUGUAUUGGUGAAAAUGUGUCGCAGUCCUGUAUUCUAAAACUGUAAACAACUAUCUCUUGUUUUUGUAGGUCAUCCUCCUGGACUAUAUAAAGAUAGCAACAUUUUCCACCAAAUGUCAAUUUGAUGAAUGGGCUACAAGUUUAACUUGGAUUUUUAUCUCCUGCUUUAUCUGUCUUAUUGUGUCUGUUUUAAUGACUAUUUAGGUGGACAAUGAAAAUUUCCCUGCAGUUCGUCAGUGAGAGAAGGGUGCUGAUAAGGGCUAUAGUUAGAAAGCAAGCUCAUUUGCUCUGUGUAAGAUGGAAAUAUUCAGAGUUGUAACCACUUUGUAAUCAACCUUUUACGGAAGAUUUAGCUCACAAGUUACGGAAGCAAAAGACCAAUCCUGUCAAAGUGCCAAAUCACUAUUUCUGUCUGAGGCCUUUGUAUUUGUAGUGUGUUCAGCCCUUUGAACCCCUUUUACACAGAACACAAAACCGCAUGAUAUGCAGUGCAGUCUGUAAUGUGCAUCGGGAGUUUAAGAGCUGAAUGUCAAAGGGUAUUGUUCUGUAACAGUAUCAGUAUGUUUACAUUUGUUACGGAUAAUUAUUAUCCUCAGACUACUACAGGAAAGAACAUUGUGCCAGUUUUAAUAUUGACAACUUUGUAUGAGCACAGAACUAUGCAUCAGUAGUUGUAGGUGAUUAUUAAAGUAGUAAGGACGCCAGGAAAAUUAGGGUGUUCCUGACAGAUGAACAACCAAAAAGUGCUGCAAAAGACACAGUUGGCCUCCCCCAGCCUCAUAAUGUAACAGGUGGUCGGGAUGUAAAGGACAUAUUUGAAUAUUUUAUUUUAGAAACCAGCUAAAAACAAAAAUCAAUUUCCUACUGGUACUUUUUUAAAAGUGUUAUUUGUACUUCUUUUGCACGACAGAGCUGUAAAUGGUUUAUGGCACCUGAAUGUGUGUGAGUGUGCGUGAGUGUGUGUGUCCGUCUGCUCCCAGUAUAAUGCACUGUUAUGUUGAUGCAUGUCAACUACUGUAACAAAACCUAUAUUGGGUUUUAAGAGUGGAUCAGCUUAAGCUCUUUACUCCCUACCUGACUUUUUCUUUCUCUUUACUUUAAGCUUCUAUUUAUGAAUACACAGUAUAUUUGUACAGAGAAAAUGAUAAUUUUGCAUCUUCUGUGAUGGUCUAGACUUUUAUGGCACUCCUGCAUGAUAGCAAUAAACUAUUUUGAAUGAAA